AUGAAUGAAAUGAAAGUUUCCUAUUUAAAUUAUCCUAUAUACGGUAUAGGAUCCAAUAAAGAUUAUGUAGUAACGUCUGGUGGUGGAGGUGGGAAGAAUUAUGGAAUCGAAGAUAUGUUAGAUAUUAAUAUAUUUAAUGAGAAAGAGAAAAAGUUAGAAGUAGUAUGGUCCACAACUGAACAAAGAGGUGUUGUUGAUUCUAUAAUUUAUGUAGAAAAAUAUAAUAUAUGGUUAGGUUCUGUAAAAAACGAAUGUAUUUUAUUUGAAAUAAAUGAAGAAACUGGUCCUAAUAUUUUAUUAACCUUUGUUACGGAUUUCAAUGAAAGGAAUGCAAGACAAGUUGUUGUAAAGUUUUCUAGCAAAGAUGAUUUAAUAUUAACAGGAGGGGAAGAUAAGACAUUAAGGUUGUGGAAGUUGAAUUUUGUAAAACGGGAAAAGGAAAAUAAAGAUGACAUUAAGGGUGAUAACAAAAAAGGGAAUGAUAAUAAAACAAAUGAAGAUAACAAAAAAGAUAAUGAUAAGAAAACAAAUGAGGAUAAGAAAAAAGAUAAUGAUAAUAAAACAAAUGAGGAUAAGAAAAAAGACAAUGAUAAUAAAACAGAUGAUGAUAAUUACAUUGCUGUAAACAAUAAUUUAUAUUUAGAUAAAAAUAAAUCUGUGGAACAUCUAGGUGAUUUCGUAGGACAUGAUGAUAGCAUAAAAGAUUGUGAUAUAUCGUUUGAUGAAAAAAUUGUAUGUACAUGUUCUUCUGAUCAUUCUUUAAAAAUAUGGGAUACAAAUAGUUUUGUGAAUUUACACACAGAACAAAUGAAAAGUCCUCAAAAUAAAAAUGAUAAAUUAAAUUUCCGUUGUUGUAAAUUUUUGAAUCAUUCUAAUAGUUUUAAAGAUUUUACAUAUACAUUAUUAACAACUGCAUAUACACCUAGAGGAUCUAGCUAUUUAAUAAUAUGGAAAGUAUAUUAUAAUGAUAAGAAAGAACAGUUUACUUUUACAAAAGACAAAUUUAUAUGGAUUAAUGAUAGACCAUGUUGUAAUAUUGCUGUUAGUACGAAUCAAAAAUUUAUAGCUUUAGGAUUUAGUACAGGAGCUUUAAAAAUAUAUAAUUCCAAAUUUUAUCUCUUAGCCCAUUAUAAGAAACAUGAAUUACCCAUAACAGCAAUGUGUUUUAUUAAAGAUGAUAAUUAUCUUUUGUCAGCUGGUGCAGAUUAUACAAUUAGUACUUUACAUAUCAAUUCAUUUAUGUUUAGAUAUUUAAGGAAAUUUGGAAGAUUCAUAAUAUAUUUCUUAUUAUUAUUUUUUAUAUCUAUUAUUUUAUUGGAUUCAUUUAAUGUAGGAUAUGAUCUGCGCAUAUCGUCAUUAUUUCACAAUAAAGCAUACACUAAUAUAACAAAAAAAAAAAGAAAUUAUAACGUAGAUCCAAAGAAAAAUAAAGUUAUCAUGGACAUGGACGAAUUAUAG